CUGGGGGCGGCGGGACCGGGAGUCCCGGGGCGUGCGGGGAGCCGGGGCUGUGCCGGGAAGGGCGGACGGGCCGGCCGAGGAACCGGGAGCCCCGUAGCGAUGGAGUCGCCCGCAGGGCUGCCCUGGGGGGGGGAGACGCGAGCGGUGGUCCGUGCCUCCUGAGGAAAGCGCUCGGAGAGCAGCGGCCCGCGUCGGUGGCAGGUGCCUCCGCUGUAAGUGCCCUUACGCAGUAACUUGGAGACUUAAGAGACUUUGUUUUGGUUAUUGCUGCUGCCGAGAGCUUCAAAAUGAUGCUGGCAGAGCAAGCCCAGAAGUGGUUCCCAACUCACGUGCAAGUCACGGUUCUUCAAGCCAAAGGUCUGAAGCCCAAAGGCAAAAGUGGCACCAACGAUGCGUACACCAUCAUCCAGCUGGGCAAGGAGAAGUAUUCCACCUCGGUGGCUGAGAAGACCCUGGAUCCAGUGUGGAAGGAAGAGGCCUCCUUCGAGCUGCCCGGAUUGCUGAUGCAGGAGAACCCGGACAGGUACAUCCUGUACCUGAUUGUCAUGCACAGGUCGCUGGUGGGGCUGGACAAGUUCCUGGGACAGGUGGCCAUAAGUCUGAACGAUGUAUUUGAGGAUAAGCAAAGAAGGAAAACAGAGUGGUUUCAACUAGAGUCCAGACAAGGGAAAAGAACCAAAGACAGAGGAGAAAUAAAGGUCAAUAUUCAGUUUAUGAGGAAUAACAUGACAGCAAGUAUGUUCGAUUUGUCAAUGAAGGACAAAACCAAAUCCCCUUUUGCUAAACUAAAAGACAAAAUGAAGGGUCGAAAAAAUGAUGGGACAUUUUCAGAUACAUCAUCUGCAAUCAUUCCAAGUACUCACAUACCUGAUGCAAACGUAGAGCUAUGUAGUGGUGAAGUACAAAUGAAAUCAAAACCAAAAAAACCUUUCCUUUUGGGACCUCAGAGGCUAUCUUCAGCUCAUUCGAUGUCAGAUUUAACAGGAUCACAUGUCUCCUCAGAAAAAUUAAAAUCCAGCACAGUUGGCUACUCUCAUCUUUUCAAGCGUCAGCUGGAAUCUUUUGGUUCAGUUGAUGAAGGAGGGAGUCUGAAAUCUCCGCAUAGGAGGACAUUAAGUGUUGAUACUUCUAAAAUGAACCAACUGGACAGCACAGCUGAUGAAACUGCACCGGAAGCACAAAAUGACCCAUUUACCAAUGUGAGUGCUUCACUACCCCAAAAAUUUGCUACACUGCCAAGACAGAAGAAUCCAUUUGAAGAAAGCCCAGCAACGUGGGAUCAAAACAUAAAUCUGUUUUCCAAACCUGUUGAAAUCAAAAAAGAAAUUAGAAAAGAGAAAAAAGAGAAGGUUAGUCUUUUUGAAAGAGUGACUGGCAAAAAAGAUAGCAGGAGGUCAGAUAAACUUAGCAAUGGGGGAUCAGAGAGCUCCACUGACUUGAAAUCACCAAGUGCGUUUGGUGAAACUCAUCAGGAGAGUUUUGAUUAUGAGUCGACUAAUCCGUUCAUGACAAACUUCAAGCCUACAAGCAUGUUGCCAUCUUCAAGUUUUAACGUGAAUCCUUCUGGCACUGAGGACCUCAGGAAAACAAUGGAUGGAAAUCCUUUUGAUGCCACUGCAGGAUACCGGAACCUCACCUAUGAAGAGGUUUUACAGGAGCUGCUGAAACAUAAAGAGCAGCUUAAGAAGAAGGACAGCCAUAUUCGUGAACUUGAGGAUUACAUUGAUAAUCUUCUUGUACGAGUGAUGGAAGAAACACCCAGUAUUCUCAGAGUGCCAUAUGAACCUUCUCGAAAAGCUGGCAAAUUCUCCAAAAGCUAAGAUGGAGACACUUGGUGGUACUUCCUGCUGAAUACGGUAGUGGAAGGAAAUAACAUUUCAACAUUUUGACUUCUUUUCAUUCCUUUUUGUUCUAAAAAAAAUUCCAGACAUUGGAAGGAUGGGACUGCGGCAUAGUUUUUUGUGUUGUUAUUUGAUUUUUUUGUUUGUUUUUAACUCCAGACACUAGCAGGUACUGCCAAAAUGGUACUUCAUUGGGUUAGCUGAAUAAGUUUGUUUCGCUGCAGCAUAUUUACUGUAGAGUAAAUAACACACAUGAAUGCAGUGUCUGUGUCCACACUGUCCAUGCAGCGUCAGCUGGGAUCCCCUGUGCUGUUUUGAAUGUUUUCUUGACUGAUAAUUAAUAUUAUGCAAAUAUGUCAAUUCUGGUAUUAUGGCAUGCCAUUAAGGCCACUGUUUUCAAGCCAGUGUCGAAUCUAAAUGUGGCUUUUUGCAAUGGAAUACAGUUUGUUUUACACAUUGUAGAGGAAAACAGUGAUGCACAAUCUUUGCAGAGUAAAUGCUGUACUGUAUGCAGUAUGCUUUUGUAUGGCAAUGUGAAAAAUACCAUGCCAUUUCACUAAUGGCACAUGUGGGAAUGAAUUUAUACUUAAAUGCAGAUUUUUUGUGUACAAUGAUUGAACUUUGGUGGCAAGCUCAUUACAUGGGAUUAUUUUGCAGAUCUUUUUGUAUGAAGUUAUUGCAUGCUUUUUUUAUACGUUAAAAGUACUUUGAACAGUGUUAAUCAAGUCAGAAGUAGGAUGGGAGAAAAGUUGGAACAAGGUAAGAAUACUUUGUUCAGCCAAGGUCUGCUACAGUAAAAUGAACAGAACUGAAUUAAAAAGACAUGGUAAUUCUGAAAAUAUAGAACUGACUCAAUUUAAGGUUGAGUUUAACAUGAUAUAUAUCUCCUAGGUUUUUUUUAAACUUAUGAAAACAAAAUAUAAGCCUUUAGAAAUAGGCUGUGUUGCUGAAACAUGUCUAGGUUAACAGAUUUAAUUUAAUUUUAUUUUUUUAAAAAGGUCUGUAUUCUUUAUAAGUACUUUGAAAGUCAGUUCUCAUUGAGGCAAAUGAAAGAAUGUUGUAAAUGUCUUCCUGAUCAUUUAAUAAUUGUAAGAUGGCAGAUGAAAAGGAUACCUGUUAUUCAAUAAAAUGGCUACGGUGAUGAAAUUAUUAAGGGAAAAUACUGUAGGAGAAGAAUCCUUACAAUAUUAACAUAGGUAGAUUUUAAUUUCUUCAUAAGAGCCUCAGUUGGAUUGUCUAUUGCUGUGAAACAGUAAGAAAGUAUUAAAAAAAAAAAAAAGGUACAGAGAAUAUUUGAGAUUUGGAUUUUGAAAGAAUGACUGUCUUUUCCACCUCUUCUUUUCUUUCUACACCUGAUCUGUUUUCUUACAUAACAACAGUAAUAGCUGUUGUUGAGAAAGAAAAAAGCUUAAAAUUCCUUUUCUUUCGUGCUGCAAAAAAAUCUGUAUUUUUGUUUUUAAAGCAACAAAGAUUAGUAUUAUCUUAAAUAACUAUUAUCUGGAAGAGAUGAAAUGGAUCUUCUGUCUGAAUACUUUUGACAAUGUUAGUUUUAUAUGACAGCAAAGGAAUAUGCUUCUUAGACAAAAAAUAAUUUGGAACAAUCAAUCCCACAUUUCAUUUUCUUACUUUUUUUUCUUUAUUCUUUUCUCCUUCUUUUCACGCUCAUUCUUUUUUAUUUCCUCCCAUUUUUAGGAGCUAUCUCCCAACACCCUAGUGUUAAAAUUCAUGCAGUUUGAGCAUUCUCAGCCCUGUGUUGGGAUCCACCAGUGUAGGUCAUUUUGCCUGGAUGAAGCCUCAACAAUUCCAGCAAGCCCUUUAGUCAUUUGAGACAAAGGCCCACUUCAUCAAGUGAUUUUUCUAUUGACAACCAAAAGAUUUAUCCAGUUCUGUACCUUGUAAACCACGUGAAUGUCUUUUUGACCCACUUAAGGUCUGUAUGACUGUAAAUUUGCUGUAAUAUAUUCAAAGUGCCAAAGGUUAUAUACAAAGUUAUGGUACAUUUACUGUUGGAAGUUAGGUUUUGCACUCAUUUUAAUUUCCUAAUUACACCAAGAUGUAUUUCAGAUACUCAGUAUUUCCAUGCAAGUUCUUGAACAUUUUUCAAUGUUUGGCUAAGGCAAGUGGUUUUCUCAUAUUGUUAAUGGGGAAGAGUUGUGCAAUUGUUUUGAAUUCAGCAGUCAUUUUCAAACUAACUGGUACACAUGAGACAAUGUGUAGUAUCCAUAAUGAUUAAACCAUACACACCAGUGGGGUUUAACAAGUAAAUACACUCCAAUGACUUUUCACUUGCAAGCCAACUUAUAAUUAUUAAAAUGAAACUCUACUAUAUUUAGCACCUCUGAAAUCACUCCUUUUAGAAUGUAAAUGUAGAAUAUCAAACUGCAUAAUUGACUAAAAGCAGAUCAUUUGACAUAUUUGCAUACCAAGAAUGAUAAGCAGAUUAAAGGUAGCGAAAAGAUCAAUUUUUGUGCAUUAGUGAAGAAAUUUAGUGAAGCUUUGAAUGCGCUAUCUCGUCUUUAUCUGAUCUGUGAGUGAAUAAAUGCACCUUUUGUUUCCAGCAGUAUAUCAAGAAAGAGAGGAGAACGACAAAUGCAAUUUAGGAAAAGGUAAAGUUACCAGAAGAGACAGGAAUUUCAACUCUGAAUUUUUAUAUGGAGUUCUUAUGGCUAAAGAUACAAGCUCUUCUGGGGCAAUUUUGGAAAAAUUGCACACCUGUCAUUUUCUGUUUAAAAUGAAAAUUUUAACAUUUUUCUAUAUUUUUGAGACUGUUUUUGAAAUGCACCUUCAUCCCACCUGUAUUUGAUGGAGCAUGCAGCUUUCAAAUGAAAACACUUCAUACAGAGUGAUUUAUAUGCUGAAAACAAAGUCAGUCCUGUUUCUCCAGUAGGACGAAAUUAUAAAUUCUCUGACAGAUCAUUUAAAAAUUAUAAUAACUUGCCACUUACAAUUAGUCUUUCUUGCCCUGUGAAAUGUGGGGAUGAGAAUUUGGGGCACAAUAUUUUGGUCUCUUCUGUCAAAAAUAAGAAUGAAAGUUCAUCCAUGCCACCCUGUACUUGGAAAUUCUCCUUUGAAACAUCUCUGCUCAUAGCAGUGUACUUUCCUUACUUCAGAGAACAAAUAUCAAGGCUGUAUUUUAGUUUUGUAAGUAACAUUUACUUUCUACCGUUCUAGAAGGAUGUUUAAUAUUUAUAUACGUUACCUCGUGCUGCUGUAUUUUAUGUUUAGCUUGGUUUUCCACCUACUAAUGAAUGUAGCAUUCUCCCUAGAUUAUACAUAGCUACAUUUAUUGCUGUUGGCUCUGUAUCAAGAACUAUUUGUAACUUUCCAGCUGUGAAAAUGUUGCCUUGCAUUUAGAAAGGCUUUAUGAUGUGGGGACCUAAUGAAACUCAGGCUCAUUAGGUACUAGUCUGCAUUUCUUUCUCUAGAGGAUGCCCUUUCUUAGAUGCAUCUAAAAACAACUGUUGUCUUAAUAUGUUUACUGCUGCACUGGAGGCUUAUUUACACUUCCAGCUUUAAAGAAAAAAUAUUGUCCUAUAUUAAGUAUGUAAAGUAUGCUUUUUUGCUGUUUAUGUAUCCAUUACUGUUAACUAUGAUAGAGGUGUUAGCUCUGUGAUUUUAAAAUGGUGAUAUGUGAAGCAUGUUGCCUAACUUCCUCUCUUUGAAGUCCGUGAUGAAGGAUACUAGUGCUGCUGCAUUCAUGAUGCUAGAUGUAAGGGUCUGUCAGCACUUUCAGUUUGAGACACUAUUUUCAGGAAUUUAUAGCUUCUAAAUCUGCAUACAGGCACUGGAAGUAUUUAAUAUGCAAUAGGUAGCACUUUAAUCUGUUUAUGAAGGGUUUUGAGAUUUGUUUCUGUUGGAAGAAGUCACAAUCUCCUAUAGCAUAGAGAGCAUUUACUUUGCCUUUCACAAUUUGUUCAUCAGCCACUGUAUAUUACAAGUGAUAGAGCCAUUCCUAUUCAUCUUAGAAGCUUCCAGGUGUCUCGUAUUAUGAUACGCUGUAAAAAGCUGAAGAUCCAGGUUAUAUAGGAAGUCUGUAAAAGAUUUGAACAUUACUUCUACCUUAGGGGUUAAUUUUGUCUUGUGCAAUCAAUGGUACUUUGUCUACAUUUAAUAAUGGUACAGAAUCACAACUAUAUGCACAUGUGAGAACUAUAAACCUAGGAUGCAUGAAAAAACUUUAUUUUUGUUUCAUUAUUGCAACUUCAGCUCUUUAAUUUGAUUACAAUGUUAUCUCAGUAUUUUAAUUUCUGUCCAUUAAAACAAUAUUGCAUGUCUAACACUAAUAAAGCACCACAAUGCACUACCACA